AUGAAGCUCACCAAGUUUUUGAGGUUUGGCAACAAGAAGGGCGCGCCGACGACCGGCAAGGAGUACUCGGAUCUGGGUAUUGAGGCCAAGGUGGACCAGCUGGAGCGUCUGCGGCGGCUCAACGAUGCGCUGGUGGCCCAUUCGAUCGGGAUCUCGCAGCGCUACUACGACGAAACGGCGGCCGUCUGCCACGUCAUCAUCGAACAUCUCUCCGCCGGCCUCCAGAUGAUGAGCAUGUCCUCAACGGCCCAGAAUCCCGAGUUCAGCAAAUUCCUGGCCCACAAGUACGAGCUACUCGACCAGAUCGGCCUCGAGCAGCGCCGCUUCUACUUCAACAUCCAGGAGAAGGUGAUCCUGACGCUUCGCGAAUGGCGCAACGGCGACUACAACCUCAUCCGCAGCGAGGUCAACAAGCUGAGCAUGUACAGGAAGAAGCUGCUCACCCACAAGUACAAUGAUGCCUCGAUCCAGCACCAGGUGCUGCGCGAACGGCUGCAAUCUGAGCACGACAAGCAGUUGCUGCUGGUGAUGAACCUCCUCGCCGGCAUCGACCGCGUCCAGUACACGCACUUCCUCGUCAUCUGCGACCUCGUGACGAUCGUCGUCGAGUACGGCCGAGCCGUCGAGCGCAUCCUCGAGCCGACCGCCGACAACGAGACGCCGCUGAUGGCCAAU